GCGUCAACCUUCACGUUAGGUCUAACAAAAUGAGAGAGAGGUAUAGCUACAACUUGUUAUUUAUCACAUAGCUCGCUAACUACCACUGUCUUCUUGGGAAAACAAGGGAUCUUUUACCAGGGAGAGUGGAGUCACGGGUUGCUGACAAGUGUUCGGCUGGUCAGCAACUCCUGUGUGUGGUGGUCAAUGUAACAGACAGUACGAACAACUCAUCCAGCAUCGCCAUGGGCCAGGACCGAGGGAAGUAUGAUUUCUACAUCGGCCUGGGACUAGCCAUCAGCUCCAGCAUCUUCAUAGGAGGAAGCUUCAUCCUCAAGAAGAAAGGACUACUCCGCCUGGCCAGGAAGGGACAGUGUAGGGCAGGCCAGGGCGGUCAUGCAUAUCUCAAAGAAUGGCUGUGGUGGGCUGGAUUAUUGUCAAUGGCGGCUGGAGAAGGGGCGAACUUCGCAGCGUAUGCCUUUGCUCCAGCUACGCUCGUCACCCCUCUGGGGGCCCUCAGUGUGCUGGUCAGUGCGGUGCUGUCGUCGUACUUCCUGACAGAGCGGCUGAAUCUCCAUGGGAAGCUGGGCUGUCUGCUCAGCAUCUUGGGCUCCACUACCAUGGUGAUCCACGCCCCUCAGGAGGAAGACAUCAGCAGCCUGGACCACAUGGCCAGGAAACUGGUGGACCCAGGUUUCCUGGUGUUUGCCACCUUCGUCAUCAUCGUAGCGCUCAUCUUCAUCUUGGUGGUGGGCCCUCGGCACGGCCAGACCAACAUCAUGGUGUAUAUAACCAUCUGCUCUGUGAUAGGAGCUCUGUCUGUGUCGUGUGUGAAGGGGUUGGGCAUCGCCAUCAAAGAGGCCAUAGCUGGGAGGCCCGUGGUGGGGAACCCUUUAGCCUGGGUGUUACUGCUAGGGCUGGUGGCCUGCGUCUCCACCCAGAUCAACUACCUGAACAAGGCUCUGGAUAUCUUCAACACCUCCCUGGUCACGCCCAUCUACUACGUGUUCUUCACCACCUCGGUCCUCUCCUGCUCUGCGAUCCUUUUCAAGGAGUGGGAGCACAUGGCUAGUGCUGACGUCAUCGGGACUCUGAGUGGCUUCCUGACCAUUAUAGUUGGUAUCUUUCUGCUCCAUGCCUUCAAGGACCUCAGUGUGAGCCUGUCCACGCUGGCUGUGUCCAUCAGGAAGGACGAGAGGCCCGGGCCGGCAGCUAACGGAGUGGCAACACACAGCACCUACGAACUGCUGCACAAUGACUUCACAGAGAUGGACCUGGAGGAGAGGGAGGUCGGCCUGCCGUUUGACAGCCUGUCCAGGAGGAAUGGAGCGAUGACAGCCUCUUAGAGGAACUAGCUAGCUGCCUGGCCCUGGGCCACUGACUGACUAGGGUUGCGUCCCAAAUGGCACCCUUUUCCCUUUAUAUUGCAAUACCUUGGUCAAAAGUAGUGCACUAUAUAGAGAAGAGGGUACUAUUUGGGAUACAGCUUAAGACCGCACUACCAUUACACUGGUGUGGAUGUUUUUGUUGCGUUUUUGUUGUGGAAACCUUAAGACAAUCAACUCUUGACUUGGAUGGACCAACUGAUUGUACUUGGAUUUGAUUUGCCUUCUGUUUUCUCUGAAUAUCUGACUACAUGGUGUAGACGGAGCUUAAUCUCACCCCCCCGGAUAUCUGACUACAUGGUGUAGACAAGAGCUUAAUCUCACCCCCCUUGAGCUGCCAAUAUUCUACUAUUACGUUAUACCUUCUGUACAGAGAUCUGCAUUUAAACAUGCACAGAGUUUCUUUCUACAAAUCAACAGCUUUGUUUUUGUAAUAUUCUUAUCCAACCCUCUGGUGGAGAUCCCAGGUCUGAUUAAAUCUGGCUCCAGUUCUGGGCCUGGCCGGUCAAUAAGUGUGUGUUCCAUAUAACACUCUAUUCCCUAUAUAGUGCACUACUUUUGACCGGGGCACAUUGGUCCCUGGUCUAAAGUAGUGCACUAAAUAGGGCAUAGGGUGUAAUUUGGGACACAAACUAAGACGUGUUCCGAAUGUGAUACUUGAAAGGAAGAGUUGUCGGGAAAUUACCAUGAACUUGUUUUGUAUCUUUUACAUAAAAAUGGCCUCAAGAACAAGCAGA